GUUACAGUGAAUGGGGGGUACUGCUGGGUUGGUGUGCCUGUGUUGUACAGUUGGUACGGUAAUUGGAAACAUCAAGAGCAGACUGUCCGGCCUGGCUGCCUGGCAGCUACUUCUCUGAUGGCGUUUGGGGACCCAAGAACGAUUUUCUUUGACGGCUCCGAUUCUAAGCCGUAUCUUUUUGACACGAAAAUGAAGUUCAGAUACGGCUCUCCUCAGUCUCAAGCAGCAUCCGAUGGAUUUAUCUCUCUUCUGUCGCUUCCCCAUAUCGGCCAGGCCGAUGCAGCACUUUCAUCUGAUGCGGCCUCAUUUUAUGGAUUCUGACAUGGACUAUGAAAGGCCAAAUGUCGAGACUAUCAAGUGUGUGGUGGUUGGGGACAACGCAGUUGGAAAGACCCGGCUCAUCUGUGCCCGGGCAUGCAACGCCACCCUCACACAGUAUCAGUUGCUGGCCACACAUGUGCCCACUGUAUGGGCAAUAGAUCAGUACAGAGUCUGUCAGGAGGUUCUAGAAAGGUCCAGGGAUGUGGUGGAUGAUGUCAGUGUGUCUUUGCGUCUAUGGGACACCUUUGGCGACCAUCACAAGGACCGUCGCUUUGCGUAUGGCAGGUCUGAUGUGGUGGUAUUGUGUUUUUCCAUUGCAAACCCCAACUCCCUUUACCACGUGAGGACCAUGUGGUACCCAGAGAUCAAGCAUUUCUGUCCCAGAGCUCCUGUUAUCCUUGUGGGCUGCCAACUAGACCUGCGAUAUGCUGACUUGGAGGCUGUGAACAGAGCUCGCCGUCCACUAGCCAGACCCAUUAAAUCGAAUGAAAUACUGGCCCCAGAGAAAGGACGUGAGGUGGCGAAGGAGCUAGGCGUUCCCUAUUAUGAGACCAGCGUUGUUGCACAGUUUGGGGUUAAGGACGUUUUUGACAACGCUAUACGUGCAGCCCUCAUUUCCCGCCGUCAUCUGCAGUUCUGGAAGUCGCAUUUAAGAAAUGUUCAAAGACCCCUCCUCCAAGCUCCCUUCCUUCCCCCCAAACCCCCUCCACCUAUUAUCACGGUCCCUCCCCCUCCGAGUAACAUCGAAGAGCACCCUAGCCGCCUGUUAGAGGAUUCACUCUGUGCUGAUGUCAUUUUAAUCCUUCAGGAACGUCAGAGGAUCUUCGCUCACCGCAUUUACCUCGCCACUGCCUCCUCUAAGUUCUACGACCUCUUCUUGACUGAACCUCGAGGCUCUGAGGAGAACGAGCGGGAACGGGAUAGACCGAGAGGGCCAACCCUUUCUGGACGCAAUCUGUUUAUGCGUGCUGCUAGUUUUGACGUUUGUGAGAGUAGUGACGACGGAGAUAGAGUGAACUUGCGUGCCUGCACCAGUGACGGAACUCUGAAGGGUGGAGAUGGUGAUCACCGCGGUCGCCUGCUCCCCGCUUUGAGCCGUGCUUUCAUCAGCAUCCAAGAAGAGAUGGUAGACGACCCUGUCACCUUCAACUCCCGACGGAUGACUGUGGUGCACAUGGACCCAUCAAUGCAGCCUGGUCCGUUUCGAUCGGUGUUACGAUACCUGUACACAGGUAAACUAGACGAACACGAGAAGGAGUUGAUGCAAGUGGCCCACAUUGCAGAACUGCUGGAAGUGUUUGACCUGCGCAUGAUGGUGGCUAACAUCCUGAACGAUGAGGCCUUCAUGAAUCAGGAGAUCACCAAGGCCUUUCAUGUUAGACGCACCAAUCGGGUGAAAGAAUGCCUGGCCAAAGGCACCUUCUCUGAUGUGGUGUUCAAGUUGGAUGAUGGCACUAUCAUGGCUCAUAAACCACUGCUCAUCUCAAGCUGCGAUUGGAUGGCAGCCAUGUUUGGUGGACCAUUUGUGGAGAGUUGUACAAAAGAGGUGCUGUUUCCUAACACUACACGUAGCUGUAUGCGUGCUGUGCUGGAGUAUCUCUAUACCGGCCGCUUCUGCUCUCGUCCAGAUCUGGACGCCAUGGAGCUGAUUGUACUUGCAAACCGCCUCUGUCUGCCUCACCUGGUGGCACUGACAGAGCUGUACACUGUGACAGUAUUAACAGAGGCUGCCAUGAUGGGAGCUGAUAUUGAUGGAGAUGUUCUGCUCUACCUGGACAUGGCACAGUUCCACUGUGCUCAUCAGUUGACUGAUUGGUGCCUCCACCACAUCUGCACCAACUACAACAGAGUCUGUCGCAAAUUCCCUCGUGACAUGAAAGCCAAAUCAACAGAAAAUCAAGAGUACUUUGAGAAGCAUCGCUGGCCUCCAGUGUGGUAUCUAAAAGAAGAAGAUCAUUAUCAGCGAGCUCGUAGGGAGCGCGAGAAGGAAGAUUACUUGUACCAAAAGCGCCAGUGUAAACGCAAGUGGCUCUUUUGGAAUAUACCAUCUUCACCUUCCUCCAAUUCUUCAUCUUCUCCUGGUUCCUCUGCAGUCAUCUGAUUGACUCUCAGCAGUCUAUAAAGUGGGAUUUAUUAUAGGUUGACUUGGCCAAAUUCUACACGUUUCCUUUCCGCAUUUUUUGUUGAGCAAAAUACCCAAGCCCUGCUUUCAGCUGCUGAGUAAGACAAGCAAAAAUGCAACAGGACAAGUAAGCUAAAGCCACACCUGGCACAUGGGAUUUUUACAGAUGAAACCAGCUUUGGCAUCCUUCAACCUCCAGACAAUCUCUAACGUAGAAAACACAUUCAAACUUUCAUAGCGUGAAAUGCUAAGUGCUUUUUAGCUCUAAAGAACAAGAUAGCAGGAACAUUUUAGAGCAACCAGCAAACAACUGAAAAACAUGAAUUCCUCAGUGUGGUGGCAAUCUACAAUCAAACCAAUUCUCCAGAGUGACGCUCACAAGAUUCCAAUGUUGGCUUCUUUGCAAACUACUGGUAAUUUUAAUGAAUUAAAUUUACAAUGGGUUGUUUGAAAUAACCUGUGGGGGUGCGACACCAAUGGAUUUGAAUGCAUAAGAUCUAGAGGAAUGUUUCGGGUUCAAUAUAACUUACAGUACGUUCUGUCUGCAACAUCUGGCAAAACCAUUGAAAAUAGUUUUGACUCAAAGUUCACUAUUGGUCACUAUUAAAAUGCAAAACUGUUUUAUAAGUUAAUUAUUAUGUGCUUACAUCAUACUUGAACGACAUAAAAGUAUAGGUUCAGUCAAAGUUUCAUAUCAAACAGGAUGAUUUAGACUUAGACAAAGUGCUUUUAGCAAGCUUCCAUUUUUUGCUUUUAGUCCCUCCAGAAUGCUGGCUCGCUUUCUGGAAGUGUUUUGCGGAAGGAGACCAAAACAUUUUCUUUGGUGUUCGACAAAUGCUGUCGAAAGAGCUUAGGUCGCCCACAACAUUCCUUUAAAUGAAAUGGCAGUGACCUAGAAUUGUGCACAACAGACAUUUUGAAACUGCUUGUUUAUUCUGCACACUGUGGUCUGUUUUUGGUAAUAAGGCAAUCUUUGUUCCUUCUUUCUGCAUUUAUCUUUCUGUCCUGUUUAUAUCUGACAAGUUCGGAAAAUGAAACAGACAUUUGAAUGAUUAUAGGUUUACAUACAAAAUCAGCAUUCACUCGUGUGAUGUUACAUAAUCGUGUAUGACAGGAUGAAGUUGAGAUCUAAAUCAAGAUCAAGAAAGUUGCAUUUUAUCUUCAUAACAGUUUCCUCGAAAAAAUAACCUCUAAUAUUGUAAUCACAUUCUUCAAAACAGGAUCCCAAGUGAACAGUCACACUGGGUUUCUUUACAGGGAACAUAACAGUGCCUCAACACUCCGGAGAUCUAAAUGUGUGGGUACUAGCUGCUAUCUUUACCAAAGUUAGCUCGCAAACGCUUCGUAAGGGACAUUAUAUCAAAAUCUGCUGCAAACAAAAACAGCUGUAAGUUUGAAUGCUCCCAAAUAGCUUUCGGAUAAGUUUCACAGGCAGGCCUGUGACAAAGCUAUCCCAUGAUGCACCACAGCAUGUCCAUACAUGUGAGUAGUUAUUGUAGAUUGCUAUACUUGCUAUAUUUCAGAGUUUGAUUCCAACUUUUCAUAACAUUAAAAUAGCUACUAAUAACUUAGUACAAAUAAAGCAGUAUUAUGCAUUGGGUAUUUUUAAAAAGGUGCAUUACCUUUCCACACAAAGUUUACACCCCAGAGGAAAAAAAACUCCACAAGCAUGGUUCAUAUUGUAGACUUAAACUCUUUUGCAAUCUGAAUGUGUAUGACCUAGUACACUCUCACAGCGACUCGCACAUAGAAUGCCUUGUAAUAAAAAAUUUCGUAAAUAAAAAAAAGUUGUUUUUUUAUACCCCAAUGAAAAAUAUUCAGAUGAUCACAGUUCUCUCUCUUAUAUAGUUAACAAAUAUAGUUUAAAUACAGAUGGGCACUAAAAUAACAAUUUGCUGCAUUAUCAGCCAGUAAACUAUCAAAGAAUGUCUUUCUGCUUUAGUAUCAAAUUCAGAGCUGACCUGCAUGUAUUGGGCUGUUGUAGGAAUAUUGUUUUAUUUUAGAAACCUGUAUGUGUUCUACCAGGCCUUGAAUGUAAAUCUAUAAAAAGAAAAAAAAGAAAUGCAAUGAUUUAAGUUCCACUGUAAUCCACUGGGGCAACCUGAUCAGUAUAAUAACACAUAUCUUUUUGAAGACUUGUCAGUAUCAGAAAGCAUUUGAAACUACACUCAGGCACAUUUGCAAACUCUUGAUACGGUAUUUUAAAUUAAAAGACUUUAUAUGUUGUCUCUAAAUGUAACAAGGUUUUUCUCAAAAACGUUUUUCUAAGAAACGCUAAUUGAAUUCUGAAGAUUAUUAAACAUAACAGGCCAUUACAGUAAAAAAUAAUAAUGAUGCACAUAUGAAUGUAUACGUGAGAUAUACAGGCUGUGUGAAUGUACAUUUUACACAUUUUUUGUUCACAUGAUACAGAUUGUAGAAACUCUUUGUGGGAAAAUAAAUGAAAUAAUUUAUAAAUAAAAUAAAAGUUUGGAAGGGAGUUUAUCAGACUGUUGAGUUUCAGAUUUGUUGCUGCAGAGAUGAUACCCCAUGCCUUAAUGUAAAGGACACAAUGAGUGGCAUUGUGUUGUUCUUCUGUGUUAACGUGUAAUUUAAACAUAUCCUCUGUGUACCAGGUGUGAAUAUACUACUCGAAAGGUUACGUGUAAAAUCUUUUGUCAUUCAUGUGUGUUUGUUAAAGACCUUAUUGUUGUCUAUGCUGGAUUGUUAUGUUUUGGCUAGUGUAUCGCUCACCUGUGGUUUUCUAUGUGUUGUUUCUCUGUCAUGUGAAUGUGUUUAACAUACAUUGCCUUUCAUUGCUUAGAACAUGUACGUUGUGGAUUGCAUUGCUCAUUAAAUCAAUGUGUAAAACUGUAUAUAUUAUGGGGUCCGAAAAGUCUGAGCCUAUUGAAAGUCCAACAUUCAAAAUCAUAUUUAAAGCCGAAAACAGAGGUCACAGACUUUAGAACCCACAGUAUAUACAGAGUGGAAAAAAUGAAAUGGAGCAGAAAAAAGCGUGUAUUGGAAUUGUAAAUGAUUCGUUUUUAGCCAAGGUAAAUGUGUUCCUGAAUCUGUUCCUUGUUGGUCUGGGAACACUAUUCCUGUAACCCAGCAAAACUUAGGUUGAUAAGUAUGAUAAGUAUUCCACUAAACUUAAUUCUACAGUCUGAUUGGUUGAUAGAAUAUUGUUUUAAGACCAACAAGGAUGUCGAUCCAGAAUCAUGUUUUACCUGGCAAAACCACUAGACAUGAGUGCACAAUACCUUUUAAAUCAUGACUGCCUGGAUAUGCUGUGCAAAAUAGCAAUGCUUUGGCUUGCAAUUUAAAAGCAAGAAAACAAAAGUUUGUUAAAAAACUAACAAUAACGGUAGUGUAUUCUAGCUAUUCGAUACACUGUGCCCUCUAGUAACCAACCUCUAGGCAGUGUCAGACACUGAAGCAUGUCCUAAAAUCUUUUACUUAGCUCUCUGGCAAGAUAAAAAACAAACAAAAAUGAAAUAGGCUACAUACAAAAAUCAAGGGUUAAAGCAGAUCAAGUUAUUAAAAUAAUAAAAAAAUAUUUUCCUUUAAAUCCUAGAACUCCAUGUUUAAUGAGCUCUAGGUCUUGCAAAGAAGCACAAACCAAACACAGCGUGAAGAGAUGUUUUGCUAAUAACGCAGAGCCAGUGUAGCAAAGAAUUAAUCAAAUUGCUGAAAGCAAAAACUUGAAUGUUUUCUCAGUAUUAAAAGCUUGAUAUCUAAAAUUUGUAUUUUAAACAAGUAUCAUUUCCACAAGUUAGUACUGGGAAGGGAUUUGUAUGUCCAGGACAUCUAAGCAUGUGUUCUUGAAAUGUGUAAAUAAUGUUCAAUAAAUACGAACUA